UUUUCUUUUCCCGGAACAAUUUACAAAUUCGCAAAUUUAAUAAAACCAUAGAACAGAUUAAUUUAGGAAAAAAAAAAGAAUAGAAAAAAACAGCAAACAUGAGAGGCCCUUUGGUCGAGUCCGUGACCAUAGGAGGCCAAAACCAACCUUUUUCCACGAACAAGAUUUACGUUUUUAUCACAAAAUAUCCAUAUGCAUUUUUAAACAUGCCGUUUUCAAGGUAUUAACUGCAUUUCUUUCUUUCCAGAAAACCCCCUUUUUUCUUUUUUCUUUUUUUCAAAUUUCUACGAAGACUUCCAGCGAAAAGAGAUGGAAGAAAAGGUGUUUACUUUAUUAUUAUUAUUGCAGGAAUUGUUCUCUGCUCCUUCCUGGAAUUAGGGUUUUGCUUUGGGGAUUUUAGAUGCAACCUUCUGGUUUCCUUCCCCCUUGGAUCUCUGCCCUUUUAACCUGCAUGGGGUCUGUUCUUCUUCUUGAUUUUCUUUUUACUACAAGGAAUAAAAGUUUUUCUUUUUACUGUUUAUUUGAGUGGAAAUUAUCAUGACAUUAAUCCUCUGAUUCUUAGCUUUCUGGGUUAUAAUACAGGAGUUUAAAGUUUUGUGUGUGUAGUUUAAGUUUGCUUUUUUAAGUAUGGAAUCAUGGGGUUAUGCUUUGUGCUUACUUGUUGUGUAAGCGAGUUAUAAGAUGAGAUGUCCGGAGAGAGGGGGCAAGGGCAGGGAGGACUUUUCGAUUUUGGGGCAUUCUUUGCUUGAAGUUUUGGGUAGCUGAUUGUAUGAAACAAGGGUUUUUGUUUUGCUUUUGGGAUUUGGGAUUCUACAGGAGGUAUGGAUCCUAGGUGUUGUUUAUUAGCUCAGACUGAGAGAUGCUUUGGAAGGAAACCUUGUUGUUCAUUUGUUUUGUUUUCUGGAGCUUAUUUACGUGCUCUUACACUCCGGCUGAUGGAAACAUUUAAGGCUAAAUGCAGAGCUCUUCUCACUAGCAGAGGUUUUUGUGGAUGCUUCAAGAAUUCCUCACCAAUUAUGCAAGUGCAUGAUCAAGGCCAGAAUGUGAAGAGAUCUAGCCCUUCCGAGGAUUUCUGGAGCAGCAGUGCGUUCGAAAUGGAAGAUAGUGGAGUCCAGUCCCAGAGAAGUGUUUCAAUGAUUGGAAUAUCAAAUCAACCCCUUGAUCCUUCUGGCAGCACAAGUCAUCCUUCUGAAUUUGUAAAUCAGGGCCUUCUUCUUUGGAUCCAAACAAGGCAACAAUGGCUUGGAAAUAAAAGGUCUGAGAAGCGGGCGCACCUUCAAAAACCUACAAUAAAUUGGAAUGAAGUCUAUGAGAGUUUUCUUUGGAUUAAUAAGCCAUUCCCCCAGCCUAUUCCUCUUCCUGAAAUGGUGGAUUUUCUAGUUGACGUUUGGAAGCAAGAGGAUUUGUAAUAUUGAGGAAGAUGAUUCAGAAAAGCUAGAAGUACAGAGAAAGAUAGGAAAUAUUUUUCCAGGAAUUUGUCGAGAUUGUGGAUUGUAUUAUCGUCUUCUCUGUUGGAUUUUUCCACUGUAUUAUUCUUACAUUGUGGUUUCUAAGUCCUUUUGGAUUGGCAAGAAAAAUGCAAUAUUCUAGUAUUCUCUAUCAGCUUCUUGGCCCUUUUUUUGGUGGUUUACAAUAGACUGCCGUUCGUGAUGGACAAAAAUCGAUGCUUCCUUUUGCUCGUCACUUCUCCUAUGAGAACCUCCCAAGGAGAUGCCAUCCAAUGGGCUGUAAAUUUUCCGACAAGCAUGUCUUUGGGACCUUGUCUGAUCAGUAGGCUAUUCAAAGUUCAAACAUUAUGUGGUCAAUAUGCAAUCAAUAACCAUUUAAAGAAGCCUAGGUCCAGCCCACUAUGGCUCAAAACUUGAUAAAAGGUGCUUUCUCCUUUGCCACAAAAUAGUAGCCCCAAUUGUACUAUUAAUAUGCCUUCCCGCACAAACAUAUAUAACUUAGAAAAAAAAUGGUGCAUCUCAAAGUUUUUAUAGAAUUUUUGUAAAAAAAAAAACUCGUCUGAUUGAAGGGGUCAUAAAAUUUGAUCCAAAAUGAGUUGUGGCAUAAAAAGAACAUGUGAUCUAAGCUAGGCCUCAUUAGUUUUUCCUCUCUUUUUUUUCUUUUACUAAAGACAAAACAUAUCAUUUGUUAGAUCAUAAUAAUUCUAAUAAAAGUAUAAUCCUAUAUAACUAAUAUUCACGCAUUCUAUAGUUUACUUUGUCUUGUUUUUGUGUCACCUUUUGGAAGUCAUCAGCCAUGGGAAAUUUCUUGAUAACCAGACAGA